GAGGGCAAGUUCCGUAACUCGUGCGCAGCGCAGACGACAGUUUGGAUCGAUGGCGGCUCUCGCAGUGUCGCUCGCUUCACAGGCCUUCUGCGUGCUUCGCUCGGCGCUGUGCCGGCUGAAAAUGUGAUUGUCCACACGGGGCACUAGCUGCGGCUGGCGGCUCUCUACAUGGAUUUUGCAUCUGCUGACAAUUUCUCCAUUUCUAGCCCUCGUCUCACUGGCAGGCGGUGAGUGAGGAUUUCCUCGGGCUGUCACUCGCCAGGAUUUCAAAGUGAAAGUGUGGAAGUACAGACGGCCCGACUGUCACCACCAUGCUCUCACCAAAACAUUCUCGCGAUGCAGAAGACUGCUGAGGCGGAAGUGCGUUUGCAAGUUAGGAAAUAACUUUGACAGCAAAAUGACAAAACAAAUGAUCAACAAAGGAAAACUCACGGAGACAUGGAGGUCACGGGACCUCAGAGUUGUCAGAGCGUCUUCAGCCUGACGUCCUUCGCCGGAAGCAGGGCCCACCAGUACACGCCAGGAGAUGGCGCUGUGACGUCAGUGGGCGCCCAGUCAGCUGCUAACACCGCCAGCGUCUCAAAUUUCUACUACCGUCCCAGCAGCUGCUCCGACAGACUGACCCUCAAUAAGGUCAAGAUUUCCUUCAGGAGCCUGGACCUGGAGCAGCUGUACCAAACGUAUUCUGUCCACAGCAAGCACAUGCUGGUGGUGUCCUACAUGAUCCUUCUAGCGCUCAUCAGCCUCGUCGUCCUCGUCAUCGAGGUGGUGAUGCACGAAAAGGAGAGGAGUGACGUGUACUUCAUCGGACAGGUGACGUCACUGGCGUUCGGUCUUCUGUCCAGCGCCUCCUUCAUUGUCGUCAUUUCCGCAGGAAAGUUGUUCUUCAAGUACCCGGCCGUCUCGUCACUUGUUUUCUGGGCGUGCUCCCUCGUCGUCAUCAAUCUUUACUUCGGCUUCAGCCCCAAGAGAACACCAACGGAGGACGUGGCGGCGUUGUUCUUCACCACCGUGGUGUCGUACAUGGUGCUGCCGCUGUCGCGCAAGUGGUCUAUGGUGCUGGGAGGGGCCUCGGUGGUCGCGCACCUAGUGACAGCCCCGACGCUCGCCAAAGCUCAGAAAGAUUACAUCGCACAUCAACUGGUGUCCAACACAGUGAUACUUAUUUGCGCCAACAUCCUGGGUCUGUCACACAAGUUUCUCUCCGAUGUAGCCCACCGCCGAAUGUUCCUCGAUGCCAGGAACUCUAUAGAAUCGAUGAUCAAACUGGAGAGAGAGAAACAGCACCAGGAAGAUCUGCUGGUCAGCUGCAUUCCCUACAACCUAGUGGAAGAGAUGAAGAAGGACCUGCGAAAGCACAUGCAGCAGCCCAAAAUGUCUUCGUUCCACGACCUUUACGUUCAGCAUUAUUCAAAUGUCAGCAUACUGUACGCGGAUAUCGUCAACUUCACUCCCCUGGCGUCCGAGUGCACAGCGGCCGAGUUGGUCAAAAUGCUCAACGAGCUCUUCGGAAGGUUUGACCAGUUAGCCAAGAAAAGCAGGUGCAUGCGAAUCAAGAUUCUCGGGGACUGUUACUACUGUGUGUCUGGUAUUCCCGAGCCUGACCCAAACCACGCGCCUAACUGCGUUCGAAUGGGGCUCAACAUGAUCGAUGCUAUCAGGGAAGUACGAGAUGGGACUGGAGUGGAUGUGGACAUGCGCAUUGGUGUCCACUCGGGGUCAGUGCUGUCGGGUGUCAUGGGACUACGCAAGUGGCAGUACGACAUCUGGUCCGACGAUGUCACAGUGGCUAACCAUAUGGAAUCAAGCGGUAUUCCAGGGAGAGUUCACAUUUCCAAGACAACCCUGGAUUGUUUAAAUGGCCAGUAUAAUGUGGAACCUGGCAAUGGCAGACAACGAAGCUCCUACCUGGCCAACAAUAAUAUCGACACCUAUCUUGUCAUACCCGUGGAAAGGAGACCACAAAAAGAUCGAAAAAUGGCGAGGACAAGGUUUGAAAACACCAUGCGAGCUUCAGUGAGGGUCACCAAGUUUCUCGAGUCAUGGGGUGUGGACAAACCCUUCGCCAACCUUCACCGAACCUCUGUGGUGUCAAAGGUCUUGAGCUUAACGAGUCUGGCUCUUGUUGAUUCAAAUAUCAUGAUGAAUUCUGCUGGAAUUGAUCAAGGAAUCUUAGCUGCCGAUCGACAUAUGCAGGACGAGGUGAACACAAGGCUACAGAAGCGACUGACAGGUAUCGGACACAACAGAUUGUUUCACUGGCAUCGGGCCCCUGACUUCAUGCACCCUCUGCUGUUGACAUUCCGGGACCGGAGCAAGGAGGACAGCUUCGCCAAGCAGCACGAUGACAUGUUCAAGUUCUGCAUCCUGUCCGCUGCCGUCGUCUGCAUCACCAUCCUCAUGGUGCAAGUCAUCAUGCUACCCAGGAGCCCGCCUUUGUUCGCAGUCUUCAGUGUCAGUGUCCUGGCUUUUGCAGGACUAAGCCUCAUCACCUUUGCCGAAAACUUUCUGAGGUUUGACCACAAGCUCGUCAGUCUGUUGCUGCGGCUGUACCAUUGUAUCGUGUGCGGGCCGUGUGUGCGGAUGACCAUUGCCUUGUGCUGUGCUGCACUGACCCUCCUGUCCACCACAAUCAGCCUCAUCCACUGUGAAGGUGAUUCAAGAACGGGUAACGACACGGAGUCCAGGAUACCCGGAAACUACUCUUGUAGCUACCCACCAUAUUACCUGUUUAGUUUCCUACUAGCUUUCGCCGGCUACAGCGUCUUCCUACAGGUAUCUUUCGUGAUCAAGCUGGUUACCAUGGCAAUCUCCUUUUUCAUUUUUAACUUGGUGGUGCACCUUAGCAAGAACGAGAUUUUCAACAAUUACGACACGAUUACAGGCACUGACAGUGUGGUCACACCUCUCAGGGUUAAAACCUCAGUUUACUUGGCCUUGAUGUUCCUGACAAUGUUUUGCCUCGACAGACAGAUCGAGUACACCAACCGGCUGGGCCACUCGUGGAAGCUGCAGUUUCAAAGCGAGACAGAAGAGAUCAAGAUCACUGCGGACAUGAACAAGCUGCUGUUGGAGAACAUCCUGCCGGCGCACGUGGCAGCAUACUUCCUGCGCGCCUCGCGCAAGAACGAGGAGCUGUACCACGAGUCCUACCCCAGCACCUGCGUCAUGUUCGCCUCCAUGCCCAACUUCAAGGACUUCUACCAGCAGACUGCUGCUAACGGACAAGGGCUGGAAUGCAUUCGGGUGCUCAACGAAAUCAUCUCCGACUUCGAUCAGCUACUGAUUCAACCCACUUUUCAGGACGUGGAGAAAAUUAAGACGAUAGGGAGCACAUACAUGGCCGCUACUGGCCUGCAGUCGGGCCACGCCAGACAACAGAAUCACACGGAUUUGACGAGAAACGUGGUGACGAUGGUCGACUUCGCUUUAGCUAUAAUGGGGGUCUUGGAGAAUAUCAACCACCACUCUUUCAACAACUUUCGCCUCAGAAUAGGUGUGUUUCAUGGGCCAGUCAUUGCCGUCAUCGGAGCGAAGAAACCACAGUAUGACAUUUGGGGUGACACAGUUAAUGUAGCCAGUCGAAUGGAAAGUUCUGGAGAAACAGGAAAAAUACAGGUGCCUGAGUCCACUGCAGCAAUACUGUCAGAAGCAGGCUUCAAGCUUCAGUACCGAGGGCUAACGAGUGUGAAAGGAAAGGCGCCCAUGAAGACAUACUUUAUACUCCCGAGCUGCACUGAAACGCACUUAUAGCACUCGUGUAGAUGAAACCUCGUUUAGUUUGGCUCAUUCCCUCCGUGGUGUCAGCCUUCACUGGGUGUGGACAAUCGACCUGUAAACCGCUCCAUUAACAGUUUGUUUUCGUGACCAUUGCCACUGGCAGCAUGUGAGUCUCGGGGGUCUGGUCGACUAUCAUAAUGUAUGUGUUGCCAUGGUGACCGCUUCGCUUACACAGGAAUGGUUUCAGUCUAAAGCCGCGCUCCCCGUGUGUGGAGCGUAUUGGACAUCGGCUGCAAACUCAAGGGAGUUAAAUCAAAUCUGCGCCUGACUAAUUGUCUCCCCGACAAGAUUUGCGCACCCAGGGCACACACUCCAUUGUUGAUCUCACGACGCUGAUGAAGAUUAGUGCGACGAUUUCAAUCCGGCUGAACUCUGCACUUAUGAACACAAUGCACUUUCUGUGAAAUGUGGAGACAGUUCAUGACCAUAUCCAAGGAAACCAGUAUUCGAUUUCCAAAACAACCCGCUCAUCAAAGUCAUGAACGUACUUUUUUUUUUCCUGGAGUCGGCUAAGACAUGCAUAUCAUUUUAUUGAACUGAGGCAGAUUCUGAGCCGACCAAAAACUU